UCAAUCUCGGUCAUUUACUCAUUCAUUUUUAUUAUCAUUUUUAUUCGCUCUUCCUUCACUCAAUUUUGUUGGUGUUUUGUGAUCCCUGCUGGGACCUCUGUAAAUUAUAUUUAGUGUAAAUAAAUGCAAUAUAAUUUCAUACGUCUCUAUUAGUAGUACUUAUAAAAAUGAGUGCACAACCAAGCCCUGCAAACCAAACUGUUGAGAGAGAAAAAGUUUACAUGUGGAUAUUAGAAUUAACGAAUCCAGAAACCAGAGAAAAUGCUCUGCUUGAACUAAGUAAGAAACGGGAAGUAGUACCAGACCUUGCCCCCAUGUUAUGGAACAGUUUUGGAACAACAGCUGCAUUGCUUCAAGAAAUUAUAAAUAUAUAUCCUGCUAUCAAUCCUCCAACGUUAACAGCGCAUCAAUCGAAUCGAGUUUGUAACGCUCUCGCACUACUCCAGUGUGUAGCUUCACACCCGGAAACUCGAUCGCAAUUUCUCUUGGCACACGUUCCGCUAUUUCUUUAUCCAUUUUUGCAUACGUCGUCCAAAACCCGCCCUUUCGAAUAUUUGAGGUUAACUAGUCUAGGGGUUAUAGGAGCACUAGUAAAGACUGAUGAACAAGAAGUUAUAACCUUCUUGUUAACAACGGAAAUCAUACCGUUGUGUCUUAGAAUAAUGGAAUCCGGAUCUGAACUGAGCAAGACUGUGGCGACUUUUAUUUUGCAGAAGAUUUUAUUGGACGACAGUGGUCUGUCUUAUAUUUGUCAGACUUACGAUAGGUUCAGUCAUGUGGCAAUGAUAUUGGGAAAAAUGGUGAUUUCUUUGGCAAAGGAACCUUCAGCGAGACUUUUAAAACACGUCGUGAGGUGUUAUUUGCGUCUUUCUGAUAAUCCUAGGGCUAGAGAAGCUCUGAGACAGUGUCUUCCGGACCAGUUGAGAGACAACACAUUCAACGUGUGUCUUCAAGAGGAUAAGUCGACUAAACACUGGCUGUCGCAGUUACUGAAGAAUUUGGAGUCCACGGCGGCUACGGAUCCCCGUCAGGUUGGCAUGUCCCCAUUGACAUCUCAAUAGAUAGCAUAUAAGUUUAAAAGUUUGAAAACACAAUGCUCACAAAAUGAAAACCGCUUAGAUUGCUGUAUAAUUUGUAAAUAAGAGUUUUUAUGGUGCAGGUCAACAGGUGAAUGUAAUAGUAAUUUGUGCUAAAGUGAUUCACCUUGCUAUUUUUUUAGGGGACUAGAAUGUGGGUAAAAAUCACUUGUCUUAGAUUAUCCUCGAUUAGUCAGUAGUUUUCGUAAUGUGAUUGGUCUUGCAGUAGAUUUAAUCUAACGUUUUUUUCGGUGACUGAUCAUAAGAGAAUCCGGCUUCGAAGGACCAAAUUGCUUGAAACUUCAUUGUAGAGUUAGAUUUUUUCUAUUGAAGCUAACGACAAAUUAAAGAGUACCUGCUAUUGCUGUUCUUAAUCAGUCAGUCAAUUUCUACAGCUUUUGUGGGUAAUUAAAUAUAGACCUUCCUACUAACGAAGAAUGUAUAUAAAUAGCACUUUUAAAUUCAAAGCUUUGCUUUACUUACGUUAGCUUAUUAGUAUAAGCUUAUAAGUAUUUAUUGUUUCUUCUAAAUGCUUCUUUUUAUAAGAAAAUUUCCCGACGAGAUUUAGGCCUAACGUACAUUUUUUAAAUUUUAGUUUGGCUUCCAAAACCAAAAUUGAGAAGCGAUGCACACGAAAAUCCCUUGCCUGCGAUGAAUCUAAAAUCUUGUUGUGGGCAGUGUGUACCAAUUCGAGAUAUGUGAUAUAACGAAAUAUAAGAUUAGUUUAUGAGAUGCCAAUUUCCGCUUCUCUCUAUCCGAGCGUCUUGAAUUGUUAUGGUAUUUAUUUAAGAAAAUUAUAUUUUGACAAAAAGUGGAUACCCUGAAACUGUCUGUGUUCUAGCUGUAAAUAUAUUUUUUAUUCGGA